CUCAAUGAUGCGGGAGAUCUGGUUGUGGACAAGUACUUGUCUCUCAACAAAAUAGGUCACGCAUUGCAUUGGUUGAGCCCUUCCUUCAGACGCAUCACAUUUAGCCCUAAAGUCAAACAAUUGGUUCAACGCUUGGGUUUUGUUGAUCCGGUUGUCGUGCAAAGUAUGUAUAUCUUCAAGAAUCCAGGAAUCGGUGGUGAAGUGAUCCCACAUCAGGACUCAACAUAUUUACACUCAACCCCUGACCCCAAAGUCAUUGGAUUGUGGUUUGCUUUGGAAGACGCGACGACAGAAAACGGUUGCCUUUCAUUCAUCCCCGGCUCACAUCAGGACGAACUCCACACACAAUGGGUCCGCACUUCCGACGGAAACCCUUCGAUGAAGUUAACCAAAGAAUGCAAGAAAUUUGAAGACAAAAGUUUUGUGGAGACGCCUGUGAGUAAAGGGUCGGCAGUUUUGAUCGACGGACUGGUUGUGCAUAGAAGUGAUGUCAACCACUCUUCGGCUGGUCGUCCCAUCUAUACCUUCCAUAUAUUCGAUCAAAACAACAGAUUCUGGGAUCCACUCAAUUGGUUACAGCCCACACCCGACCUCCCAUUCCCUUCACUUUACAACAAUUAA